AUUUCUCUGACAGAUAUGGGGAGUAAUCAAUGUAAACAAAGGUCGCUCAUGUUUUAUUGUGGUAUUUUAUCUGUUAUCGUUUCAAUAAAGACAGGUGCAAAACCUGAUAGACGUAACUAACGCAUCAAGGUCCACAAAAAUGUUUAGAUCGAUCAUGUCGUCCCAAUCAAGUUGCAUUUUCUGCCAAAUCUGUGAUAAAACGUCUCCAGCCACAAUUUAUUAUGAGGAUGAGGAGGUUCUAGUCUUCAAAGAUAUUUAUCCAGUUACUGACUUUCACAUGCUAUGUAUUCCAAAGAAUCACAUCAGGAGUGUUAAAUGUUUGUCUAAGGAAGACAAACCGCUAUUAGAAAAAUUAAUCUCGGUUGGAAAACAAGCCCUCCUAGACAACGGAGGCACCGAAGACGACCUCCUGAUGGGCUUCCACUGGCCGCCAUUCAACUCAGUAAACCAUCUUCACCUUCACAUAAUUUCCCCAGCUUCAAAAAUGAACUUCCUCCAUAGGCAAAUGUUCAGGACAGGAUCAUUCUGGUUCGUCACAUCUGAUUAUGCAUUGGAGUACAUACAAAACAAACUCUGGUACGGUAUCAAACGAGCCGCGUACAAGUUCAAAGAAGAGCGGCUGCUUGGCCGACGCAUCUACAUUCAUUAAUUCAAACUAAAUCUUUCAGAUAUCUGCGUGUCAAAUCCGCACAAUGUGAAGUACAACAGAUACACAACAUAAAAAUAUAUAGAUAGGUACACGGAAUUAAUAGAAUGAUAUAAAUAUUAAUACAAAAAUCAAGUUAGCGGCGUAUUUUCAAUACACAAUAUGACAAAAAUAUAUUCUUCUUACAUUUGUGUGAUUAGUUUGUUUGUAUGUUUUGUUAAUGGAAUGGUUUACUCUGAGGUAUAUUAGCUAAUAAAGCAUACUCAACGCAA